AUUACUUACUCUAUGCGAAUGACAAUCAAUGAUAAAUGACAUAAGUUUAUUUUCGAUUUUAUAUAUGAUUUUUUCCUGAUUAUAAUGAACAACGAUAUUUUAUAAUUUAAUGCUACAAAGUAAUUCUAAUGUACAUUAGAAAAAUCACAUUCCAAUAGUUUAAUAGCCAUAAAUUGUGUGGUGAUAUAAAACAAUACGAGAAACUCAUUGUUUUCGUGACGUGAUAAGAAGUUUCUUCGCUAAGAUGACUUCAAUUUUGGAUCAGUACGAGCAAGCAUCGCAGUCCACGCAGCGCGUAAAAACUCCCGCUGAACCCAUGAUAUCGUCUGGAUACAUCAAUAUGCAGUUAGAUGACAAUGUACCCAUGUUUUCUAAACAGAAAAUGAAGUUGAGUCCGACGGAUUUGAUAACUCAUGCGGCGGUCUCCAGCGAUAAUCUGGUACUUGCCAUGGCCAACGGCAGACUCUUCAGACUUGACCUGAAGGCUCCAGACUGUGAAACUGAAAUCCACUACACAAAGUUCGUGCAAGCGAAUUCGAAGCUCACUGGAUUAUUCUUGGAUCCCCUAGGGUACCACCUCCUCAUGGCUUUCGCAGCGAAGACCAAGGACGGUUACCCUGAACUGGUGUACCUACAUCAGAAGAGUAUGAAAUUGAAAUCUGUCAGUAAAUCUCGGAGUUACGAGGUGACGGAAGUAGGGUGGAACAGCGAGAACACAUCUUCGACUACUACUGGGCCUAUACUGCUAGGCACCUCUCAAGGUCAUAUCCUGGAGACAGAGCUGGAAGCCAACAGCGAUAGAAUGUUCACAGCUAGUGAACAGUAUUGGAAACAGCUGCCCAGCUAUCUGCCACUGUACGGGACGAGAGAGAUUGACGGAUUGAUAUUCGACAUCGGUAAAGGCCAAGACACGCCAAUCACAGGGAUACAGUUCCACAGAGUGGGAAGCACAUCCAAAUACUUCAUAUUUGUUACCACACCCACCCGUUUAUACCAGUUUAUAGGUCACGCUAUAGUGACUGAUGAUAAGCCGUCGCUACAAUCCGUCUUCUACGCGUACCUGACCAUCCCGGAGACGGGCUUCCAAGAGAUCCCCUCGACCCUGAAGUACUCCAAGUUGCAGUUCUUCUUCGACACCAAUAACAAGCCGAAGACGUUUGCUUGGUUGACGGAGCCCGGUAUAUUUUAUGGGCAGUUGGAUCCAACUUCGCAACAAAAUUCCAACUCCCUAGUGACUCAAGGCUCCCUCAUCAACUAUCCCUCAGGACCCGAUGGUAAGGAGAGCGCGCCACUGUCUUUUGUCCUUACAGAGUUCCACGCAGUACUCAUGUACUCCGACAGAGUCAAAGUGGUCUCUCUCCUAAACCAAGAGUUGGUUCACGAAGACAUCUUCCCCGAAGUGCACGGGAAAUUGAAAACGAUAAUCAGGGACGUCAUAAAGAGAACGAUAUGGGUCUUCACCGACAAGACUGUGUACCGAUACAAAGUUAUAAGAGAAGAGCGGAAUCUCUGGCGCAUAUACUCCGAUAAAGAGGAAUUCGAUCUCGCCAAACAGUACUGCCAGAAUAAUCCUGCAUUUCUGGACAUGAUCAAUGUAAAACAAGCUGAACUAUUGUUCUCCAAAGGCGAAUAUAAAAGUAGUGCCGAAGUGUUCGCGGAAACACAAAGGAGCUUCGAAACUAUAUGUCUAAAGUUCUUAGAGUGUGAUCAAAUUGACGCCCUGAAGGUGUACUUAACAAAAAGACUCCAAUCACUCACCAGUGAAGACAAAACCUUAAUAUCCAUGAUAGUUAUUUGGAUGACGGAGCUGUAUUUAUCUCAGCUGGGGCUGCUGCGCCGCACCGGCAAAGAAAACAGCGUGGAGUACAAAGUAAUACAGACUGAUUUGGAACAGUUCCUCGCCCAGCCGAAGGUGGCGGAUUGCAUGCAGCACGUGAAGUCAGUCAUAUACGAUCUGAUGUCGUCGCACGGAGACAAACAGAAUCUUUUAAAACUGACGAUCAUGAACGAAGACCACGAGAACGUUGUGGCGCAGUACAUAUACAGGAAGAAUUAUCUGGGCGCGAUCAACACUUUACAGUCGUUGAAGAAGCCAGAAUUGUUCUACCAGUUCGCGCCAGUUCUGAUGGAGGAGUCGCCGAAGCAUUUCGUGAACGCACUGAUAUCGCAGGGCGCGAGGUUGAAUCCAGCGAAGCUAUUACCGGCGUUCCUGUCAUGUCAGAAUGAUGCGACGCACGUGUCAGAAGUCACGCGGUACUUGGAGUUCAUGCUGCAGCACUUUAACGUGAAGAACAUGGCGAUUCAUAACUACCUGCUGACGUUAUACGCGGAGCACGAUCAUUUGGCUCUGAUGAGGUAUCUGGCGCGCGAGGGACAAAAUAUAUCGCUCGUCAAUUUUGAUGUUCACUACGCUUUAAGACUAUGCCGCGAGAAGAACUUGUCGGAGGCGUGCGUGAAUCUGUCGGCUUUGUUGGGCCUGUGGGAGUCCGCGGUGGAGUUGGCGCUGCAGGUGGACGUGGCGCUGGCCAAGAGCGUCGCCAACAUGCCCGAAGACGACGAGAUGCAGAAACAGUUGUGGCUCAAUAUUGCCGAGCACGUGAUAACAAAGAACCAGGAUCUGAAGGAAGCCAUGAGGUUCCUGGAGGAAUGUCCACACAUCAAGAUCGAGGACAUUCUACCGUUCUUCAGCGAUGUGGUUACCAUCGAUCAUUUCCGGGAACCUAUAUGCCAGUCUCUGCAGGAAUAUAAUAACCAAAUAGAAGAAACGAAAGCCGAAAUAGAAGAAGCUACGAAGUCGGCGGAAUAUGUCCGCGCAGAGAUCCAUUCGUUCCGCAACCGCAGCGUGCGCGUGUGCGUGACGGCGGAGUGCUGCCUGUGUCACAUCACGCUGCUGCUGCGGCCCUUCUACCUGUUCCCCUGCGGACAUAACUUCCACAGCGACUGCCUCACCGGCGAGAUCAUGCCUAUACUCAGCCAGGCGCGUCGCAACCAACUAAACGAAUUACAAACACAGCUGCGGUUACGGACCAACAUAGAGUUGUCCACAGAGACCAGCACCGGGCUACCUUACCGUGAGGUGCUCAAGAACGAAAUAGAUGAUAUUGUUGCGAGCGAAUGUAUCUUCUGUGGCGAAUACAUGAUCAACUGUAUAGACAAGCCGUUCAUCGCAGAUGAGGAUUGGGACCGGGUCAUGAAGGAAUGGGAGUGAAUGAAACGUCUGAUAUCUAUGGUUCAUUUGUCAGCUGUGGAGAGAAAGUAUUCCAAUUUUGUAAUUCGUUUUGUUUUUGUGUAUAUUAAAUUUAAACAAAAUGAACUAUAUAAUAAAUUAAUAUGGUAAAUACAUAGGUCAUAACAAUAUAUACAUUUUUUACGACCUAUUGAUGACGAGCAGGUUAAUUGUUAACGCUAUGCCUGUCCAUUGACUAAGAACUGUAUGGAACUCACCAUGUUAGUCAUCUUCUGUUCACAGAUAUUACAGUGUAAAAAUUCCUUAUAAAUACUGUGAAUUGAUUGUUAUGUACUAUGUAUCAUGUAAUAAUCUCUAUUAUAUGGAGCGAAUUUUGUUACACCUCUUGAAGUAGACGAGAAAUUCCAUUGGCAUGUAAUCUUUUUUUGUAUUAAGUUCAAAUAUUUCUAUAUUUUAUUGUUUAUUUAAUGUUUGAUCAAGUUUGUUUAGAUUAAUCGUGUCAUUUUGUGCAGUGUACUUUAAGCCUAGUGACUGAAUUUCUGUUUUAGUGAAUUAAGUUAAAGAGAGUAUAUUAUUUUUAUAGCAGUCAUUUAUUUCCUGUGAUAUAAUCAGUGUUAAAUAAGCUCACGUGUAUAUCAAUAAAAGGAUAUAAAAUAACAAA